AUGGAUCCAGAAGGAGUCGAGGAAGAGGGCGUCUACGCCGUCGACUGCUACCAGUCGAUACUCUGCGGCAGGAAACCCCUCCUCUCUCCGACAGACACGAGGGCGCCUUUUCCGUGCGACGAUGAGAGCUGGACCGCUUGUUCAGCCUCUUUGUGGGCUGCACUUCCGGCGCAGGAUCCGUCGAGCUGCUUCCUAUCCUCAGUCAAGGAUUUGAUGAUGGGCCAAGCCCCUGCCGAGUCAAACAUGACCAUGUUUGGCAUGAAUCUGCUUAUCCUCGCCGUGAACGCGUUGCUGCUGGAAGCCCAGACUUCAAUAUUGCCAGUUGACACUUCUGCCCUGGACCAAGCGCUGCAGACAUGGUUUACAUCUCGGGAACAGAUUCGAGGACAGCCUUACGUUCGCUCUGAACAGGCGUACCAGGAGGAAAUGACGCGGUGCGUUAAGCGAAUUCUUGGCGACUUCCAGGAGCAGUAA